AGGGGAGUGUAGCAGAGUGAAUUUCUCGUGCGUUCAUGUCCAAUCUAAAUGGAGGAAGAGACGAGUGACGAAGCGACUCGUCCCGCCGUCAUGGAAGACGAUCUGGCAAGUGACGAAGGACUGGUGGAACGAACUCCUUCGGAAACAAGCGAACAGCCUACGAGGAAGCUAUUGGCUGUUAUAGAUGAAUUGCAGACAACGACUGACGAUACCAGGAAACUCACGUACAUGUUAAUUCUAGCGAAGCUUUUGAAUCAGUCUGCUUGUGCGGCUACCCCGGAACUUCGGCGAAGAAUAUUCGAUGCAAUAGGACCCGAGUUUUUACUGCGUCUGUUGAAAACCGACGAAGCUCCCAUGGGAUGUUCGCGUCGGGCGUAUCAGAGUAUUGCUGUGACGAUAAUGUGUUGUUUGGCCUCCGAUGAAGUUCUCGUCGCGGACAGACUUCUGCUUCCUGCAAUUCCGCACCUGCUCCAAAUUUUGGUAGAAGGAGCGCUGGUUGAGCGGAACAGUGAGCUUACAGUCAUCCAAGACGCUUAUGAAUGUCUCAUAUCAUUCGCUUCAAAUCCCAACGGUUCGGAAGUGCUAAUUGAAAACGGUGCGAUGGAAAAGCUCGUGAAUAUCAUAGCAGAGGAACGCUUCAAUCAUGAACAAGCGCUUCAAGUAUUACUGCAGAUGGUGCGAUGUAAAGGAUGCGAAACAUGGCGUAGCAGUUUCUUGAUGUAUCUGACGCUUGUGGAUCGCCUCAGCACGGAUUUUGAGAAAAGGCGGACAAAAGAAAAAGCCAUGGCGUGUCGGAAUUUGACGCAACUUUUGCUGGCCGCUCCGAAUGAAAUGCUUCCUUUGAAAGAUGCUUCUUGGUUGGGAAGUUUACAGAGAGGUUUGGCUGAUAUAUUAGGUAGUCGUAUUGACAAAGAGUUGCGAGAUGCAGCUUUGCAUCUCUCUGCCACCGUAACAAUUACCAUCCACCCAUCAUCGUGGUUGUACACUACGAACUCCCAACUCUCAUCUCGCGAUUGUUUCAUUGUGUUACUGGUGCGCUUAACCGUUGUGGAACUGCGUUUAUUGCUUGAAGACAUCCCUUUGGAUUCAAUUAUUUUGGAAAAAAAUCUCUUGGGCUCGUGCUUGACCAUCCUGGAAAACGUCAUGAUGGCAAUCUUUUCUGGGGAUCUGCAAAAUAUCCCGGAGGAGGAUAAAACCGAGAUUUAUGCCUCUGCCUCUGAAGGAACGGAAGUAGUGAUGGUCUACUUCGUGCAGUUGUACGAUCUGCGAUUUCUAGAUGGAGAACUGAUUUUGGACGAAGAGGAACGGGAUAUUUUUAUGGCUAUGAUACGUUUGUUAUCUGCGAGAAUGAUGGAAGAUCCGACUGCGUUUGGAAGCGAUGCCUGUAAAGUCCUCCCUGGAAUUUGUAAGUUUGUGACGAAGCCUGGGAAUAACUGCGAUGACACCUUGUGGAACAUUCUCCUACCCGUUUUCUUGGAAUUUUCCGGCGAGGAAAAUACGAGGAAGAUCCUCGUGUCAGAAGAUGUGCCUGUGGGCAUGUUCUCGAACUUUGAGGAAGUUCGCAAGAGGGUGCUGACGAACUCGAAAAUUCCCGGGUGUUGCAUCAACAAGACGGAUGUCAAUACACUGAAAUUGAUGCUGGGUUUGUUACUGAACAUUUUAGUUGGUGAACGUGAUGCUGCUAGACGAAGUGGAAGAGGCUACUCUCAGUAUUGGCGUCCCGUCUUCGAUACUUUGCUGGAGCUGGGGAAUGAUCGAGUGUGUUUGCCGCUUGUCGCACACCUUGUGGUGUGUGGUCUCAUGUUGACCAGAAUUUUCCCAGAGUGCGAGGAAGCGAUUGCUGGGGCUGGCUCGAGGUCUCUGUCUGCAACUGUUCGGUUUUUGUGGGAUGCGUUCAAUAUUGAAGAGAGUGAGGAUGGGCAACAUUUUGACGUCUCAUUUUCCUACAAGCCCAUGUGGAACGAAGUCAAAGAUUUGUGGUUCAUUGGUAUGGAUUGCAUCACCAGGUUGAUCGAGUCCAAUAAGGCAAUUGCAGAGUUCGUAAUGCUAGUCGACUGGCCUGCAGAAAUCGUGAAAUCUUUGAUCAAGUCCCUUCCGGUUUUGCCUCAUAUUGCUUUAAUUUUUGAAAAUUUCUUGCUCACACUUGCAAAAAAAUCUCCGGAAGCCGCCCAAAUGAUGCUCGAUGAGAAGGAUUGUUUUCAGUCGGUUUGGACACAGAAGGAUGUAUUAACUCGUAUUUGUUCCGCUGCGCCAGUGCCAUUCAGUGCCCUGGUAACCAUGUCUACGUCGAUCGGCGUAAAUUUGCGCGUCACUGGCCACUGUUGUCAGGGUGGUCGAAAGUACAUGGAAGAUGUAUUUUGCGUCGCGUAUCAGCAGACGGAAGACGACAAAGAUUUGGAAUAUGCCUUUAUCGGCAUAUUUGAUGGUCACGGAGGGGCGGAAGCUGCAGCUUUUGCCAAGAAACACCUGAUGGACAAUAUCGUGAAUCAGCGGAAUUUUUGGUCUACCGAUGAUCAGUUGGUGUUGAAAGCCAUCAAAGAGGGUUUCAUUACCACUCACCAUGGAAUGUGGCGAGAGCUUCCGAAUUGGCCUAAAACUGCAUCGGGCCUUCCCAGCACCUCUGGAACCACGGCCAGCAUAGCAUUCGUCCGGAGGAAGAAAAUCUACGUGGGCCACGUGGGCGAUUCCGGCAUUGUACUGGGACAAACCCCGGACGACCCGGAAGCUGCUUUUGCUGGCCGGUGGCAGGCCCAAGCUCUCACGGAGGACCACAAACCAACGAUUCCGGAGGAGCAGAAGAGAAUCGAGCAGUGUGGUGGUAAAGUAAAGUACAAGUCCGGCGUGAUGAGGGUUGUGUGGAACCGACCGAAAAUCGGCCACAAAGGCCCGGUCACCAGGUCAACAAAAAUCGACGAGAUUCCGUUCCUCGCUGUCGCUCGAUCGCUCGGCGAUUUGUGGAGUUACAAUGCAGAAACCGACGAGUUCGUCGUAUCGCCGGAACCUGACGUGUUUGUCAUUCCAAUCGAUUUGACCAAGCACCGCGUCUUAAUUUUUGGCACUGAUGGACUCUGGAACAUGGUCAGUCCAGUUGACGCUGUAAACUCAGCUCAGGAAACGGAAAUUCACAAUGAAGCUCAGAUUAUCACGCGCGCAUCAAAUCCCAGUGCUGUACGUCCAUGGAUUAACCCGUCCAAAAAGUUGGUGGAUUUGGCGCUGGACAGGUGGCAAAAGUUUAAUAUGCGUGCUGAUAAUAUUUCGGCCGUAACAGUGAUGCUUGAUUGGCCAGGACCUCCUAAAAAUGAGGUGGCCACGGACGCGGUGGUGGCUUCCUCCCGGCCGCAAAAAGUCAUUUUGCGGCAGGCUCAACUGAAACGGAAGAAGUGCAAAGAUCUCGAUCAAAUUAGCGUUCAUUCUAACCUGUACGACACUCGAAAUGCCAGUGGACCCGUUCGCGUGCCGCUCUUCGAAGAGAAAUCAGAAGAUUGGCGACCGGAAAAAAAGCCCCGAGUGGACCGACCUCGGCUGAAAUCACCAUUACCAACGACUCGAACGACGCCGAAGUAUGAGGUUCAAAGUCCGGAAGUUUCAAGUAGCAUCGACGACGUGUCGUUGUCGUCAGGAAAAUCCCCGAAAUCUGCGGGUAUGCCACGAGGAAGAAUACAUCGUGUAUCCGGUUCAAUUUUCGUGAAUGCGAACACAUCGGAAAAUCCCCCGGAUGUGCACGCACUGCCACACUUCGUUGGAUUUGGGAAAAAGUCCUCCGCUUCUGGCGUGCCCAUGUCGUCAACGACGAACGUUGGAGACUUGCCACCAUGUCGAGAGGAUCCGCUCGUCGCAGAUGCCAUCGACACAUUGUCAAGAAUCGUUGAUAGGAUGCCUGUACCUGCAAUACCCACGACGUCGGAGCCCGUUGCUCCAGCUCCCCCACCUCCGGCGAGACCGGUAUCUCCUGUGUCGGUAACUCCAGUAUCGACGCCAGUCGAGAGCCGAAUCUUGCGGAGUACUCACCACACGGGCCUUCCCGCAACUGGAAAGGACGUCUCGGAAUCGCGACGACGGUUGCAGCUUCACGCGGAACGUAGUACGCGCGUACUGCGAAGUGAAACCCGCCCGCGCGUCAUUGCAACGCGAGCUAAGAGCGAUGUCGGGAAACGACGAUGGUCCGAUGUGGUGACCCAUAAUCGUGUUCCCAAAAAGCAGCGAUUCAGCCAGAAGUGAAUUUGCUCUAUAGACUGUUACGGGGACGAUACUCUCGAAAGAAAGGCUUUUUGUUUUCCCUUAUCCUAUCCCAGGUCGUCGCUGGUUGUCUGAUGUUUCGAACAGUGCGGUGAAAAAUGUAUCCAGGCUCACACUCCCGCUAAGCCUGAGGCAAAGUUGAACUUUGAUUGCGAUCAGAGAAGCAGUUUCUCUUGGCAUUGUUCAAAGGAUCAGCUGCUGGUUUUGCACGACGCCGACUGAUGCACCCGAAUUUUUUUUCCAUGGUAUCGGGUAUUUGAGAACUACAGUAUCAGUGUUUUUCUUGCUUACCUCAAAGAAGGUUUGCGUAAACCUUACUUCCGACGUUGUAAUGUCGAUGCGUUACUCACAGUAGCGCACAACAUGCAGCGCUGCGGUGCUCAGCGACGUUAAACAAAAGCUGGAACCACUUUUUUUCUUGUUCGGGGGUGAAGUUGUCCGUUUUUCCCGUGACUCUAUUGUCCGAAAUAUUAUAGGAACGCGUGUGCGAUGAAGACCUGUCCAUUUUCAUUUACAAAUUCUCUCCGUUGGCAAGCAAUUCGUGCGCGCCGUAAUUUUUAUUUUUGAACAAAAUUUCGUUGGAGCUCGCGUGAAGGAUGCUUGAUUUCUUGGAUUUUUCUCUUCGGAAGUGAAAGUUGACUUUUGUUUUUGGACAGAUAAAUGAAUUCUGUGUUUCUUAUAUCCUGUUCGGUGAUGAACGAUCAUCUUCGGGUCGUUGUUCGAAUUUGUAGUUGGCCGUCGAACAGGCUGAAUCCAGGUUACUGCGCAGGCACGAUUUUUUUGUACGGUAUUUAUUUUUUCGUAUGAAUGAAAUGAAUGUUAUGUGAAAUAGGUUCUUCGGGGUCAGAAGGUAAUGUGGAAUAAAACGUCAUUGUGCGCGAUAGGAGAUGAA